AUGAGAACUGUAUUGAAAAUUGAAAAAAAGUUAAACCUUCUGUUUAAUGACCUUGUAGACGAAGUCCUGCUUGAAAUCCACAAUGCAUGCCCUUUUCACCUAAAAAUAAAAGAUGUUUGGGAACACAACUACUACCGAUUUAUAUUGGAAAAGACACCUCAACUUCGUCCGCCAUCAUUUCGAGCUUCAUCACGACAUCACGUCGGCGCUUACGCGGAUUCCUUGACAAUCGCUCAAAUAAGAACCAGAAGACGUAGAUGGGAUGGCCAUGUAAUCGGAACGGCACGGAGUUUCAUAAUUACCCUUGAUAUUGAAGAAAUUGCCACUACUCUGACUCUCAGCAGCGUCGAUCACAACGUCGAGAAUCGACUAGAGUAA